AAUGAGAUUUCUUCGUGCGACUUGUUCCAUCAGCAUGUGUAACAUUUCUAGACUGAUCUGCCUCGUUGCAUUAAUUAGCAGUUGCUAUUGUGCCAUUCCCGAUUACAUCCAUGUGUGCAAAUCGAACGAUAAGAAGCUGGCUGAAUGCAUAAAAAAUUCAGUGCAUAGUUUGAAGGGUGUCCUUGCAACAGGAAUACCGGAAUUGGAUGUGCCACCUUUGGAGCCUUUGGAAUUAGAUGAGAUUAAACUGAGAUCGAACGGACUCUCCGCGAACAUAACGCAACUGAAAGUUUGGGGCGCGUCUAAUUUUGAAAUUAAAGAUUUAAGGGCAAACAUACCUAAAAACCGAUUCGCAUUCAUCGUGACAUUGCCUAAGCUGAAUUUCGCUGGAAGAUAUGAAAUCGAUGCGAAAUUUGUGAUUUUAAAUCUGUUAGGUGAAGGUCCUGUAUCUGGAAAUUUCACGGAUUACGCGUUCUCUGCUGUAUUAAAAGGCAAUCGCAUCCAACAUGAUGGUCAGGAGUUUUUGAAAUUCGAUGGUAUGGAUCUGAAUAUCACCAUUGGACACAGUUACAUCGUCUUAGAAAAUUUGUUCAAUGGCAACGCAGCGUUAGGAAAAGCGGCGAACGAUGCGAUCAACGACAGCAACGAUAUUCUCUUGAACGAAAUCAGGCCUCCGUUGCAACGAUCGCUUGCAGCGAAAUUCACCGACAUUUCCAAUAAAAUUACUUUGAAGUUUUCAACUGCGGAACUCUUCCCAUAA